AUGGAGACAAACGGCCAAGUAAAUGGGCUUAAAUCUAAAAAGAAAGACAAUGGAGACGGCAAGGAUAAUUUAUGGUCUGCAAUCUUAGAAGAAGUUCAGAAUCAAGGGAACACAAAAUUACCAUCUAAUAAGAAUGUAUUAGUUCUGGGUGAUAAUGAGACGGGUAAAACAACACUUAUAGCUAAAUUACAAGGCGUAGAAGACCCUAAGAAGGGUUCAGCUCUCGAAUAUGCAUAUAUAGAUGUAAGAGAUGAAUAUAGAGAUGACCACACAAGGCUUAGUGUAUGGGUUCUAGAUGGAGACCCAGGGCACAAAAAUUUGCUCAAAUUUGCAUUGAACACAGAAACAUUCCCGCACACACUAGUCAUCUUAACGGUGGCUAUGACCACACCUUGGGGUAUAAUGGACCAGCUUCACACCUGGGCUGCAGCGCUAGGUGAUCAUAUAGAAAAAUUAGGCCUCACACCAGAACAAAAGCAUCAAAGUAUAAAGCAGCAAGUUCAAAAAUGGCUCAGAUAUACUGAACCAGGGGAUGAGCUGGAACCAGCGUCUUCGCCAAUGAAGCGGUCUUCGCGGAACCUAUCAGAUGACCUUGAUAGUGAUGAUGAAGACAAUACCCUGCCUGAGAAGGUCCUUACCACCAACCUCGGUUUGGAUAUUGUUGUUGUGGUUACAAAGACUGACUACAUGAGCACCCUAGAGAAAGAGCACGACUACCGGGACGAGCACUUCGACUUCAUGCAGCAGUGGAUCAGGCGGUUCUGCCUCCAAUAUGGCGCUGCUCUGUUCUACACAAGCGCUAAGGAAGAUAAGAAUUGUGACCUGCUUUACAAGUAUUUGACGCAUCGGAUAUAUGGCCUGCCUUUCCGCACGCCGGCGCUUAUUGUGGAAAAGGACGCGGUUCUCAUACCUGCUGGCUGGGAUAGUAUGAAGAAAAUUAGUAUAUUACAUGAAAACAUACAGUCGUGCACACCGGACGACUACUACAGAAAUAUCAUCGUACAACCCGCUACUAGGAAGAGCGGUGGUCUCCGAGAAGCAGAGAUAACGUCAGAGGAUGAGCAGACAUUCCUCCAACGACAGCAGUCGGCGUUGUUAGCUGGAGCCGCUGCACCUCGGGCUGACUCCCCGCUGAGGACUGCGCAAAGGACAGCCGCGCAGCUUGACGGCACAAAAAUUGGCAUGGGCGGCGGUACGCCAGGCAACGAGGGUGUUCUAGCCAAUUUCUUUAACUCCCUGCUGUACAAGAAGACGGGCUCGCCCGGCGCACGCGCAGACGUCUCACCGGGCGCAGUGUCAGCUGCUGCUAGAUCUGACGCCGCGGCGGAACUGGAUCGACUCACGCGCAAUAAAAGACCACCGCCUACUGUCGAUCUGAACUCGUCCGAGUGCUAG